AUGCAGCUUCUUCAUGAGCUGCUUGCCUCGUACGACGACGCAAAGAAUGAAGAGCGGGACCGGCUAGACGAAGCCAAGCGCGAGGCCGAACGAAUAGAGGCAUUGGGCAAGAAUGUACGCGAGGAGGCGCUGCAGUCACUCGGGAAGCGGAAGGCUUCGGAUGACCCAGAGACUAGCGGGGGUGGCGGAGGCGGCAGCAAAUUCCUGAAGAUCGUGUCGAUGAUGAAUGAGGAUAACAAGGCGGAACUCGAAUUUCGUAAGUUCCAGUACAUAAAGGAUCUUGAAGAGCGCCAAAAAGACCGCGAUUUAUUUCUUGAACAAUCGCGAAUGCAAUAUCAAACAAUGAUGAACUUGCUAGCUGCACUAAGCAACAAGCAAUAA